CUCAGGGCUGUUGCCAGACGUCAACAUCGCUCGCUGCAGCAACUGCAGCAGCGCUACUCAAUCUCACCACUCGCUCGCUGUUAUUAAACUAAUUGUCAUUACAAAUGUGUCGCCUAUCGCAGCUGUUGCUACAAAUGCCCAAUGUUAAGUUUUUUACGCGGCGAGAGAAAGCGAGUGUGGGUUGGUGGUGGUCGUGAGGGAAAGCGAAAGCGACAGUGACUGGGGCAGUGGCGCCAACAAGACUCGCGAGAGACGUCACUGCGACAGUGGCGAUAAAUCAUCACAACAAUAAUAAUACAACUCGUAAUGCAACUUACUGCGAUAGCACGACAGUGCGGAACAGCAGUAGCAUCAUUAACGCGAUAUCAGUGGCAAUAGAACCGAGGGUAAGUUGUGUUGUAGAGGCGACGUCAUCGUCAACCGCAACUCUGGGGGGCGGUUCGAGUCGGUCUCGAACGCUCCGGGCUGACCUGCAUCAUGCCCCCCCCCCUGUAUUGUGGACGUCUUUUGAACUUCUUUCGCACCGUACGUAGUCAACCACGAUCAUGUCCUCGUCCCGUCGUCUCUCCAGAUGUCUUGAAUGCGAAUGCUUCUGCCUUGUUCUCACCCAAUGCCCUCUUGCUAUAACCACCUCCUGUCAUCCCUAUCCGCCUCAGGCUCUUAAUGCCUUGCCCUGUGCUGCUCUGAUUUCCCCAAACAAUUUCCCGUCAUGCCCAAUGCCUUUCCUACCUUGUCCUCCCCGUGCCUUGCUAUCCCCUGUACUUGCUCUUCUUUCUGGCCUGACAGCUCCCCCCUCCACGAAUGCCCUGUGCUGGUCAGCCCUGCCCUCGCCUAGCAUUAUCCCGCUAAUUCCAUGUCAGGUCCUGUAAUGCAUUACUGUAAUACCCCACUUAUCCCUCCAUGUUGGUUUGACAACGCCGACCCCAUUGCUUCCCUUCCCCGUCUUCCCUGAAGCCCGUGGCCGCCAUGUAUCGCGGUCUGUUUAUGUUGCGGCUGCUGGUCGUGGUGGCGCUGGUGAUUGUCCUGUUGGUUACUGGUGGUUGGUAGUAGUGGCGAUUGCCAUGUUAGUACCCGUGGGGGUGCUGUUGGUACUAAUGCUUGUGUUGAUACUGGUGAUUAUUAUGUUGGUAGUCGUAGUGGUUCCUGGAGGUUGGUGGUCGUGGUGAAAGGUGUAGUAGUUCCGUUGUGAUGGUUCCUUUGGUACUCGUGGUGGUUCUGUUGGUACCUGCGGUACUGGUGAUUGUGGUGUUGGUUAAUUUGGUUGUAUUUAGUGUGGAGGGGCGCUGGGGCUCCAGGGUUUGGGGGGGAGGGAUUCGUGUCAACACCGUUCAGACCCCGACGUUUGGUCGCUCUUCGAUACCGUUGCUGCUGCCGCUGUUUCUGCUACGACAGCCGCUUGUAAUCACCAGUGCUAUUAAUACACUCAAUGUGCGCCUUACCGCACAGCUGCCUGCUCACUGAUUCACACGGUUUGCCUGCAGCUCCCUUGCACAGCCAGAGAUCCUGAAGGAAAAGCAGGCAGAUACAGUACCCCCCCUCCUCCACCUCUUCUUCUUCACCCUCUUGCUGCUCAUGCUGCCCUCCCGGGGCCAGGCUGUGGGGGCAGGUUGCACGAUGGUUCUGCCCGGGCUCUGCCCCCGGGGGGUUCCUGGUCGCCUUCGUCGUAGCUGGGAAGGGAAGAAGCUCUGCUCCGAAAGGCUGAUUAAUGGCCGUGUUGCUGGGUGCCCUGCUAAUGCGUGGGGUCGCGUUGGUGGUCUUGCUGCAGCUGUAGUAGCUGUUUUGAUGCUUCUCUUCUGUUCGCCUGAUUAAUGGCCGCGUAUCUCUGUGUGCGAGUAACGCGUGUGGCCGCCUUGGGUCUUGUUGUUGCUUCUCCCGCUGGUGGUGGUGCUGCGGUAAUGGUGGUGAACGUGGUAUUGGUGGUGAUUGUCGUGUUUGUCGUGCUGGUGUAUACGGCUGCUUGUUGUGUUGAUUGUGAAUGUAGUCGUGGUGGGUUGCUGGUAGUACUGCUAUUGCUGCUACUAGUUAUCGUGGUGAUGAUGCUGGUUGUAGUGUUCCUGGUGGUGGUGGCGAUGCUGUUCAUGGUAUUGGUGGUGAAUUUGGUGGCGUUAACUCGUGGUGGUGCUGGUGGGUUGCUCGUAGUUAGCACUGUUGGUAAUGUAUUAUUGGCGCUCUGGGUGGGUUGAUGGUAACGCUGCUGGUGAUGCUAUACGUAGCGGUGGUCGAGUCGGUGAUGGUAGGGGGUUGCUGGUUGUGCUGGUGGUGAAAGUGACAGCGAUACGAUUGUUGCUGCUGCUGGUUGUGGGGAUUUUUUUUAAUGGUGUUGCUGGUGGUAGCGGUAGUUCUGUUGGUGCUGGUGGUUCUGCUCACGGUGGUUUCUUUGUUAAUGGCGGUGGUGGGUUUGUUGGUGCUGGAAGUGCUGCUGGUUGUGGGUGGUGCUGCUGGGGUUUUGUUGCUGUUGAUUGCGGGGGUGGCGGCUUGUUUGGUUGUUAGCCGUGUGCCACGGUGCGUUACCGAGUGUAUGUCGCCUACAGUUGUAUUCGUGCUCCGUGAUUAGUGCGCACCGAGUGCCGUGUUCCUGAUGCUGGCCCCACACAAGGCGUCUCUUUGUGCCGCCGGGAGACCAGAGUGGAGGCAUUUUCUCCCUCUGGAUAUGUGGGGGGGGGGGGGGGGAAAGGGAGCUGCGUGAAUUCUUCACGGUGCGAGGGCGACUCUCUUCGGCGUUGGCCGAGAUGCCGAUAAAUGGGUUGGUGCAUGUAGGCGUCUGCAAUGAGAACUGUGGCUGGCUUGCCUCAGUGUUGCAGACACAAAUGCAUCCAGCCCACUGAUCGGAGACUCUUGUACUGGCACACGUCAUGAGCAUAGUAAUUGCAGGAGGGCUUACCGCAGAUGCCUCCGCAAGCACUACCAUGGCGGCUGGAUCAGAGCCGGAGUCGGUAGAAGCAAGCCCCGUGGUGGAGAAGAGCAGCAGCUACCCGCAUCAGUCGCACACCACCACCACCACGUCCCACCACACGUACCUGGGCCUGCCCUACGCCGACCACAACUAUGGCGCUCCGCCUCCGCCAACGCCGCCGGCCUCCCCGCCACCUAGCGCCGGCACUCACCGGGGAGAAGUCAACGGCUUUACGGCCGCCCUGGAUGACACCUCCAAUGCCACUACCAUCAGCGUGUCGGAGGACGGCAGCUACGGCGUUGACGUGACGCGCUGCGUGUGCGGUUUCACGCACGACGACGGAUACAUGAUCUGCUGCGACAAGUGCAGCGUGUGGCAGCACAUCGACUGCAUGGGGAUCGAUCGGCAGAGGAUACCCGACACCUACCUGUGCGAGUUCUGCGAGCCCAGGAGCGUGGACCAGGAGAGGGCCUUCCAGCUGCAGAGCCGGCGCCGCGGUACCAUCUCUGGUGCAGCCGUCUCCAAUGAACCGUGCCUGUCGGUCCCUGUCAAGUCGUGCCCUUGGCAGAUUUCUCACACAGACGGCGACACGAGUGCGACGGAGAGCGGUGACGAGGGCCUCGCCUGCCUCGCCGUGUCCUACACCGCUGUCCAGCAGACGCCCACCAGCCUCACACUCACCGCCAACCGCCUGCACCACCCGGCCGCCAAAUCGUCUUCGGCCAAGGAGAAGAAGCGAAAGAAGAGCAUCGAGAACAAGAAGACGUUCCGAGAGGGUGCGAGGAGAUCAUCCCGACUAAAGAACUCGGGACCGGACCCGUCUGCGGGCGAUGAUGGGUGGUCUUGCGCUUGGGAGAGUCGCCUGGAGCUGUGGGCCGAGCAGUACGAGGAAGCGCACAGCAACCACUACAGCACAGACCUACAGGGCCUCCUCGAGUCGCACGGGCGGGGUGUGGAAGGCGCCGGCGCGGACGGCGCGCACGGCCCCGCUCCUACCGCCCAGCCUCCCGGCGGCGCCCAGACGCCAGGCCAUCCGGUCGACGGCAACAACAGCAGCAGCAGCACCGUCGGCAGCAACAUCAACGUGUCCAUCGGGCAGGCACAGGUGGCACCGGGCCGACCCAGCCAAGGCCUCCGCAGCACCAAGGCCCUGAAGGCAGCGCGCGACCUCCCCGCCCACACGCUGCUCAUCGAGUACCGCGGCAUGGUGAUGCUGCAGCAGCAGUUUGAAGCCAACGGCCUCUUCUUUAAAAGGCCGUACCCGUUCGUGCUCUUCUAUUCCAAGUUCCUGGGCGUGGAGAUGUGCGUGGAUGCGCGCACCUUCGGCAACGAGGCUCGCUUCGUGCGGCGCUCCUGCUCCCCCAACGCGGAGGUGAGGCAUGCGAUCGAGGCCGGACUCUUCCACCUCUACAUCUACUCCCUGGCCGACAUCUCCAAGGGGGCUGAGAUCACCAUCGGGUUCGACUUCGACUACAGCGGCUGCCACUACACCGUGAACUGCGCGUGCCCGCGGGAGGGCCUCGCUUGUCCCGUCGAGCGGCACAACCGCGAGAUGGUGGCAGAAGGCGGCGAGCUGUUGCCGGGCUCCGGCGGCGGUGCCGCCGUCUCCGGCGCAGAAGCGCGGCGCAAGCGGCCCAAGGCGCGCGACAGAGACAGCAGCGAUGUGCCCAACGCCGACUCGGACAUCGAGGGCUCCAAGGACCCUGCCGCCUUCGACGGCAAAAACCGGAGGCUGUCGCCGCUACGCAUCUCCACGUCCAGCGCGCAGGAGUCAGAUAGAUAUGAGGAUUUAGAAGACAAACCUGCCAUUGUUAGCAGUGAAAUAGAGAUGGAGUCUGAGGAGCUCAUUGCAGAGAGGAGGAGGAAGAUGACCCGCGAGGAGCGCAAGAUGGAGGCCAUCAUGCAGGUGAUCGCCAAGAUGGAGAGGCGGGAGAAGCGGAGGGAGCAGGCGCUCGAGAGAAUCAGCUGCAGCGGCGCCACCGGCAAAGCGGCGUCCGUGGACUCCAAAGGCACGGACAGCAAGGACGCCACCCCCGACACCGUGGACCCACCCACCCUCACGCUCUCCUCACCCACGCAGGACGUGGUGGUGGUGAAGGAGGAGGGCGCCGUGGCGGGAGGCGCUCCCAGGCCGGUGACAGCGGCCAAAGUGAACCGCGCGAAGCCACGGCGCAGUUUCUCGCGCAACCGCACGCACAUCGGGCAGCAGCGGCGGCGCAACCGCACCACGAGCGGCUGCUCGGACCACCCCCCGCCCUCGCCGGACGUUGGGAGCGGCGGCGGCGGCGUCGAGAGCUCCCCGCUGGUGUCCCCCAGCGAGCUGCUCCCCCAAGGCCUGUCCCCCGUCGCCGCCGCCGUCGCUUCCACCGCCGCCACCGUCGUCGCCGCUGGCGCAGACAGGGCGAGCGUGGGAGAGGAUCUGGGAUCGGCCCCGUCGCCGGUGCCGCCCGGCUGCACCAAAGCCAAUGCUCGAUACCCGAAAACCAAGAAGCACUUAGUGAGCGAGUGGCUGAGCGAGAAGCCGGUGGCGGUGGACGGCGCAGGCGGCGAUGGCAGCGGCGGCGGCCACGGGGGCGGUGGCGAGAGCCCCUACGACGUGCCGCUGCGCAUCACCACGGACCCCACGGUGCUGGCCACCACCCUCAACUCCCUGCCGGGCCUCACGCACAGCCCACAGCUCUACGCCACACCCAAGCACUACGUGCGCUUCGGUUCGCCGUUCUCCGCCACGGCUACGCCGCGCCGCAAGAGGCCCAGCCUGGACAGCAGCUUCGGCUCCUGCAAGAAGCGGUGGCUGAAGCAGGCGAUGGACGAGACGGCGGCGGGCUCGGACUGCGCGUCCCCCGCGGCGACGCGGGACAGCCCGGCCCACGACGGCGGCGGCGGCGACGUGACCCCAACGGGCAGCGUGUCCCCCACGGAGAGCGCCUCCUCGCUCACGGGUAACGACGCGUUCGUUCUCGCGCGCCGGCGUCCGUUCCCCGGGGGAGGCGCCCGCCUCCUGGACGCCGGCUUGAGCCCGCGCGAUUGUCGCGCAGAGCUCGUCACGCCGCUCAAGAAGAGGCGACUGCGCGACGCCUUGGAGGCCAGCGUCGGGGAACCGGCCGCGCCGGGGGACGUGGCGGCGCUGCCGCUGGGAUCGGCCGACACCGCCGCGGACCCCGCCGCGCCACCCGCGGGCGAGCCCUCGGAGGCGACGCCGCCGCCGCCGCCUUCGCUCGUCGCCACGAUCCCCGGCAAGGCGGCGACGCCGAGCGCCAUCCUUCCGGCCACGCCGCCGAGGGGCCCGCCCGGGGUCGCGUCCGCCCCCGUCACGCCCACGACGGUGAGCGCGGCGCCGGCCUUCGUGACGACGCCCCCGUGCGCCAAGGCCUCCGCCGGUCCCGCGUUCCCGGUGCCGCGAGUCGAAGGGGCGGCGGUAGAAGACGAGCCGGGCGUCCCCGCCGGGGAGGAGGUGCUCAGGAAUGGCUACGGACUCGUGUGCUCGCCCGUGACGCCCGUCACGCCCAACGCCUGCGCUCCCCUCUCCGCCAGCGUCCAGUACGAGAACAUCUCUUCUCCUGAAAGCUCCCCCGAAGCCAAGCGAUCCAUCUUCUGCGGCUCUGAGGAGCUGGGCUGCGCCGCCCCGGCAACGCCGGCCCCUGACCCCGAGGCGACUUCGGAACCGGGUGCGAGGAAGGGGUUGCAGAGGGAUGACGCGGAAGAGCAGGAGCGCCCGGAUUCCAUCUCCGCCACGGAUGCCCUCCCUCCGGAGAACUUGUUGUCUUCUCCCAUGGAGUGGCGCUGCUCGCACGCCGGCACUCCGCCCAGCCCGGCGCCGAUCGGCAACGCCAUCCCGGGAGCCGACUCGGAGGGCCCGGGCGCGGCGGCGGGGUACCUGACGCCCGUGAAGGGCGCAGAGCUGCUGGCGCCCUUCAGCUUCUCGCCACUCAACUCGAACCUUCGCGACCUGACGCCCUCGCACCAGCUGGGCGGCGGGUUCCGUGUGGCGGCGACGGUGGGCGGCGCCGAAGCGGAGAUCGCGUUUGCCGGAUGCCCCGGUGCCGGCGCCGCCCCCCUGCUGGGCCUGCAGGAGCUGGAGGGUGCGUGCUCGCUGGGCGAGGGCGCCGGCGUGGACUGUGGCGCCGACCUGGCACAUGAGCUCGAGCUGCAGAUGGAAGCGGCGGCGUACGGCCUGUCCCCGCACAACCCCCCGCAGAAGAAGAAGGUGUCCCUGCUGGAGUACCGCAAACGGCAGCGCGAGGCCAAGGAGAGCACGAGGCCCGAGGGCCCCGGCGGCUCCCCCUUGCCGUCGGAACGCGGCGCGGCCAGGGAGCCCGCGCGGCUCCCGUCUGCGCCACCGGUGCCCACCGCGGCCCACGAGACCUACGAGCCCAUCAGCCCCGCCGAGCCCCCGGGCACGUCGGAGCCGCCUCUUCUCCUCCCGUCCGCCAGCCACGACGCGCCGGUGGCGCCGCCCGCCAAGUCUCACGAGAAGGAGGACGUCCGGUGGAUGUCCCCGACGUCCGUGGAGAGAGCACGGGAGGCGGCCGCCUCCUACCACAAGGCUCUCAAGCGAGACCACGGCGCCAGCCCCCGGCCCGACACCGCCUCCGCCGGCGGCUCCUCUCCGGCUCCUUCACCUGGCCCGGCUCCACAGGGGGGGGGGCCCGGUGGGGGGCCCCCUCCGGCGCUCGCCACCAACACCACCCCCCGGCGCCUGCGGCUGUCGAACCCUCGCCUCCGUCUCAAGAUCCCGUCUCCCUCUGCCUUCCUGGAGAACAAGCACCCGGAGGGACCAGCCACAACACACCACGAUUGGGAGGGAAGUGAGGAGAGCGCCGUGGAGGGAACUGGGUCUCCACGGCACAGCCCCAUGCCCGCCGCCCACAGCCCCCACCGCCUUCCACCGGGCCCCCCGGCAUCGCAGCCGCAGGGCGCCCCCCGGGUGCCAUCUCCGCCGUCCUCGCCCGGGACGCCGCUCACGCCCACGCAGGCACCGGCACUCACGCCGCUGAAGACGGCCGCCCCCACCAUCGCGCUGGCAACCCACAAGCAACCGGCGGUGCAGGCCACCAAGUCCACACCGUCGACGGCGCCAGCGGGGCACCCGUCACCCGGCCUCCCCGGCGCCGCGCUGCCCCCGGUAUCGCCACUCCGAAUGCCGGCUCAACAGCAGCAGCAGGCCGGCUCGUCGCCCCUCAGGCCGGCACAAGCGGGGAAGCAGAGCUCAUCCGGGGCGCAACUGCACGGCACCCUGCACCAGUCUCCGGCGAGGCAGAAGUCCCUGCCGUCGUCUCCGCUCCGGGCGACGCUCGUUGUGCUGGCGCAGGGCAAGCCGGCCGCCGCGGGGCCGCCGGCCGCGCAUGCCCAGGCCCCCACGACGCCGCAGAAGCAGCAGCCGGCCUCGUUCAACCCCCCGCCUCCGCCGGCGCCGCACGUGCCGCCCGCCCAGCAGCCGGCGCCCGUCGGCUGCCCCAUCCCCACGCACCACGGCCAGCAGCCGCACGCCAAGUACCACGGCUACGCGCGUGCCCAGCAGGCGCAGGCGGCCGGGGCGGCGACGUUACCCCGUCUCGCGCCGUCCUUCGGCCAGCUGACGGUGGCGCCGGCGGCCGCGGUGUACCCGCCGGCGGGCAGCUUGCUUACCGCGUCGGUGGCGCAUCACGCGCAGGCGGCUCCUCCGGCCGCCGCGACCGCGGGCGCGGCGGCCGCCGCGCAGACUCUUCCGCCGGCGCCCGUGCAACCGGCGCAGGCCGUGGCGCCAUCGUACCUGCAGCCCGUGGCAGGCGGCACGUACGUGCAGCAGCCUACGAUCUACAUGGCGGCGCCGCCGCAGCAGGCCGUGCACUACCAGCCCGCGCAGCCGCCGCCGUCGCAGGCGGCGGCGGCCGUCGGCUCCUACCAGCCGCUGGCGUCCUCGCCGGCGUACCAGCCGGCGACCGGCGCGCACUACCAGAUGUACCCCGCGCACCCGCCCCCGCCUCCGCCCUUCCCUCAGCCCCACCCGUCUUCGCCAUACCACCAACCGGCGCCCACACCGGCCGCCGCCAUAGCGUACCACCAGCCGCCGGCACCUUCCGCGGCGAGUGCCGCGUACCACGCGCCGCCGCCGCCCCCUCCCCCGCAGGUACCGGCCCCGCCCCAGGCGGCGCCCAGAACUCAGCUGACGGCCGCUUACCAGCAGAGCGCCCCGGCGACCGGCGCCUUCCACGGCCCCUCGUCCUACUACCAGCAGCACUGAGCGUGGACGGCGCCACUCGCGUGUCCGGCGCCGUCCAGGCCACACCGCACGCACUUGUAAAAAUGUACAGCGUCGUUAAACAUUCCAGCGUGCCCGACUGUACAAGCAACAGCAGCAGCAAUCAGCACUCUCUCGUUUUGAUACGUUUUUCUGUUUGAAUGUUCGUUCCCGUUUUUUGCCUGUCCAGCCUGGAGACUGCCGUCACGUCGCGCGAGAAAAUGUUUCCAUUCGUAGCGUUUUUUACAUCGUCCACCUGGGAGCCGGGAGCAGGGCCACGCCCUCCCAAUGGGAAGAUGUGCGCCGAACGGUCGAGUUGUGUUUGGUUAAUGUUUGUAUUUGAGCUUUUUAACUUUUCAAAAGGAAACUAUAUCUAUACAUCUUUGUAAAUAUUGUAUGUUUGCAUCAAUGUAGCCUGUAAAAAUGUAGUUUUUUAUUACAACUGUAUUAUAACUUCCUGAUAGGGAUCACACUAGGAUAAGUACAGUUGGUUGUGGAUUUUAAAAUGCAACUCAUACCACACCAAUAAAAGUUAUUUUUGAAA